AUGAUAAAUGGGGGGAUGCAUGGUUUCUUUAAAGGCCAACAGGGUGUGAGACAAGGUGAUCCUGUUUCUCAUUUACUGUUUGUGAUUGUGAUGGAAUAUCUUUCAAGGAUCCUAAAGAAAGUUAGUAAGCUGAAGGGGUUCAAGUUUUACCAUGGUUGUAAACAGUUGGGCCUUACUCGCCCUAUCUUUGCUGAUGAUUUGAUGCUUUUUAGGCAUGGUGAUAAGCACACCUUCCCAUUGUUUGUCAGAGUUUUGAGAACUUUUGAACAGGUUUCAGGUUUGCGUGCUAAUACUGAUAAAACAACAGUUUAUUUUGGAAGCAUGGAGGAGAAUACGAAGAUGGAUAUCUUGAAAGAUACUAGGUUUGUGCAGGGUGCUUUUCCUUUUAGAUACCGUAGUAUUCCCAUCAAUGCCAAAUACCUGAGGGUUUCUGAUUUUGACAGUAUUAUUGACAGAAUGCUCACCAGAAUCACUUGCUGGACCAACAGGCACUUGUCUUAUAAUGCUAGAGCUGUCUUGAUCAAUUCAGUGCUUAUCAAUCUUCAUAUAUACUGGGCUCAGUGUGUCCUUUUGCCCAAAGGAGUGAUUCUCAAAAUUAAACAGCUUUGUAGAGCUUUUCUAUUGGGAGGAUCAGCUGUCUUGAGAAGUGCCCCCCCUAUUGCUUGA